AAUGUUUAGAAAUUAUUAUCGGUAGGUAUAUAAGGCUAAUUAUUAAUAAUUGCGUUUUACUCAGUCGUAAACAACACUUUUGAGUGGUGAAAAUGGUGAAGUAUAUCGUUUUGGUUGUAAGCGCUCUAUUGGUCGCUGGAACUGUUGGAAAACCGGUGGAUGAUGAAGAAUCUGAGCUUCACGUAUGCUAUUCGUUAAACUGUCCAAAAGAAACCACGAUUUGCGGUAAAACAUCGGAGGUGUCAUCUGAUGAUAAAACCAAGUUAAAUGUCCAGAUUAAGUGCUUUGAUGCAGAGGGGUCUGUCCUAAAAUCUGAAAACACCACCGAAACCAACCCGUGGGGACCGAACGUCUACUACAAAGGAACCAAAUUAACAGCAGUCGUAAGACUGACCCCUGACUAUUUUUACUUGGUCAAUCCUGGUGUCGGUACCAACCACGUACAUGCCAAAGAAGACGCAGGACCAAAGAGCGAAGUUGAAGAUUUAAACAGUUAAAUGUUUUUUUAUUGUGAAGAAUUCAUUGAUGUGAUAUUUGUAUUUAUAAAUUGAUAUUAUAGGAAGAUAUGCAAAAAAAUAUGUAAAUAAAUAAAAUAUUUUAUUAUU